GUCAUGCUCCAUUUUGCGAUCAUUCAUUGGUCAUCUCACCAUUUUCUCUGUUUAUUCGCAGUACCACUCAGGCACUGAGGCCUGUUUAUUUACAGAGUGCUGUGGCAAAAGGUGACUGGAUGACAAUUAUGUAGAUUCUUUCCACCUACUUAUGAUUGGUUACUCCAUGUGUUGUAUGCAUCUAGCUGUUGUAUGUAAGACAUUCAGAGUUAAGAAGUUUCUGAUUUCCUUUAUCUAUAUCGUUGUCUCUAUUCCGCUAGUACAUUCAUCUAACAAAAUCUGCUUUUUUUGUGAGGCUUCUUUUUGUUGUUUGAAUUCGAUUCUGAAAGAAACCCUUCACUUUAAAUAGAUUCUUUCACGUGGGUUUUGGUGUCAGGAUUUCUAGUGGUGCAAUAUAGCUAUAACACUGAUUUUGGCUGUGAAAUUCUUAGGAUUACGUAUAGCUGCUGGAUUUAUAGAAGCUUUUAGCAGCCCGGAAUGUUUGAUGGAGGCAUGUUUACUUCUUCCCAUACAGUCAAUUGUCCUUCUGUUUUUCUAAGUAAUUUAAACAAGAAUAAGACUCAGUUUAGAGCAAGAACAUGUCCAUCUGCAGCUGUACAAUCAUCUCCAUUUCAAGCACAGAUCAGUGAGAGUAGAAAUUUACGGAAUCUUAAGAAGUUUUCAGGUUCUUAUAAAUCUGUGAAAAGAGCAAAUACUGUUGGUAUCAUUGGAGGGGUAUCUGUUUCUGCAACUCUUAGUUUCCUGGAAAAGCUUGUUAGGUGGAGUUCAAAAGAUGCCAAAGAAUGUGUUCCUUUUGUUCUAUGCUAUGACCCAGAAUUGAAGAAUGAGCUCUUUCAUUCAUUAAAGAGAACAGGAGAUCAAAACAAAUCAAAUCGUGGGUUUAUCGUCGAGAAUUUGCUGCAUAAAAGGUCCUUUCUCGAGCAAUUUGGCGCUCGUUGCAUAGUUAUGCCUUGCCAUGUUUCACAUGCUUGGCAUGAGGAGAUAUCCGAGGGAUGUUCGGUGCCCUUUCUCCAUAUUGGUGAGUGUGUUACCAGGGAGCUUAAGGAAGCCAAGUUAAAGCCAUUAGAACCUGGAAGUGGUGUCCGGAUUGGGGUGCUUGCUACACAUGAAACUUUGACUGCUGGAAUUUAUCAAGAACAACUAGAGAGUCAGGGCUUUGAAGUUGUGUUGCCAGAUGCUGCAACCAUGGAGCAUAUUAUAAUUCCUAUAAUCGAAACAAUGAACAGAGGAGACAUCGAAGGGGCACAGAAUCUCUUAAGAAUUGCCAUUCAUGUUCUGUUGGUCAGGGCUGUAAAUGCUGUAAUCCUUGCUUCAGAUGAGAUGCAAGGCCUUUUACCAGAUGGUGAUCCUCUUCUUAAGAAACGCAUAGAUCCCAUGGAUGCUUUGGCCAGAUCAACUGUAAAUUGUGCUAGAUCAAAUCAAAUGAGUUUAUUUUCGCAGGCCCAAAACAAACAUACAGAAGGGCAGCCCACAAGAUGAUCCAGCUGAAAGUAUCAUGGGAUGCAAGUGGGGAAGGAGAGAAAAGGGGGAAGAAGACUCUCCAGAGUUGAUUAAAUUCAUAGGAGCUCUUUGUUAACUUAAUUGCUUUAGUGUUCUGUUGUUGUGUCCUUUUAUUUGAUGCUGUUCUGUUGUUUUGAUUAAUUGGAUUAUUCUUGCAUUGGUUGUUUUAAUUUCUGUAAUUAGAUGCUGUGAUUACUACAGGAAGUGAUGCUGUUACUUCCCUUCACAUUAAAUAUUGAACUACAAUUGGUUUGUUAAAUUUA